AGUGCUCAAAAGGGCCUUCACAGAUUUUUUGCCUUUCCGUCUUAGACCCGACCCGAUUCGCAACGAUGCCAGUGGGUAUGGGCAUCAACGGCUUCGGCCGCAUCGGACGCUUAGUGUUCCGCGCCGCCUCCGGAAACCCGGACGCCGAGGUGAAGGCCAUCAACGACCCCUUCAUGGAUCUCGAUUACAUGGUCUACCAGCUGAAGUAUGAUAGCGUGCACAAGACCUUCGGAGGCACCAUUGCAGCCAGGAAAGAUGGUGGAAAGGAGUUCCUAGUGGUGAAUGGCAAAGACAUUGCCGUGUUCCACGAGAAGGACCCCGCCUCGAUCAAGUGGGGCGAGAGUGGAGCGGAGUACGUCUGUGAGUCCACAGGCAUUUUCACCACCCAGGAGAAGGCCUCGCUGCACAUCGGUGGCGGCGCCAAGAAGGUCAUCAUCUCGGCGCCUCCCAAGGAUUCCGUCCCAAUGUACGUCAUGGGCGUGAACCAUGAGCAGUACAAGAGCUCCGACACAGUGGUCUCCAACGCCUCCUGCACCACGAACUGCCUGGCGCCCUUGACCAAGGUGGUUCACGAGAACUUCGGCAUUAUUGAGGGCUUGAUGACCACUGUCCAUGCCAUGACCGCCACGCAGCUCACCGUGGAUGGUCCCUCUCGUGGUGGCAAGGACUGGCGAGGAGGCCGAUGCGCCUCGCAGAACAUCAUCCCCUCCUCCACUGGAGCGGCCAAGGCAGUUGGCAAGGUCAUCCCCGCGAUGAACGGAAAGCUGACUGGUAUGGCCUUCCGCGUGCCCACGCCGGACGUCUCGGUGGUGGAUUUGACCUGCCGCUUGGAGAAGCCGGCCAAGUACGAGGACAUCGUCAAGGCCAUCAAGGACGCUGCCGCCGGCCCCAUGAAGGGCGUCCUGGAUUGGACCGACGAGGAGGUCGUCUCCACCGAUUUUGUGACCUGCAAGGCUUCCUCGAUCUUCGAUGAAAAGGCAGGCAUCUCCUUGAAUGACAACUUUGUGAAGCUGGUGAGCUGGUACGACAACGAAUGGGGCUACUCGAACCGCCUCGUGGAGCUCGCCAUCCACAUGAAGAAGGUGGACGGCUGAGGUGGCCGUGUCGAUUUGAACUUCGAGUCCCAGCCGAUCUGGUCCAGAGCGAAGCCAUCCUCGCUGGUUGAAGUGUUGAGCGCCCUAGCACGCCAUCCUCGAAAGUAUUUGGGGUUUGUUCUGUUUGGUG